UAGACUAUUGAACACGACGAUGAUAAUGCGAGUAUCGUUAAUGAAAUACUUUCAGUUGACGCCUAAAUUGAAUAGGUUGUAAUUAAAAAUGUAUUUGAAACUGAUUUUAUUUAGUGUUUUACUAGUAAUAGUAGGUGCAGAGAAAGUGAGAUAUGAUAACUAUGGACUAUACAAAGUUCAUCCAGAAAAUGAAGAACAUUUGGAAUUUUUGAAGGAUUUGUAUAAAAAUGAUAAGGGUUAUGAUUUCUGGACUCCUCCUAGCGUAGUCGGAGAGUUUGUGAGCAUAGUAUCUCCCCCAGAAUUGAAGGAAGAAUUAGAACAUUCUUUGAAGAAACGCAGCAUUCAUGCUGAACUUAAACUGGAGAACAUUCAGGAAGCAUUUGAUGCCCAGCUCUUUAGCCGUAAAAAACGUGACGCAGACGAUGAACUGUACUGGACCAACUAUCAAAAAACUGAAUAUAUUUACGCAUGGUUUGACCGUUUAGAUGCACAAUUCGAAUUUGUCGAAAAGAUCACAAUUGGACAAAGUUAUGAAGGUGUAGAUAUCACUGGUAUCAAAAUCAGUCGUGGAAACAGUAGUCGAGCUAUCUUCCUCCAUGGUGGUGAAAUUGGGUGUGACUGGCUCUCUCCUACCAUUUUGACUUACAUUGCUAAUCAGCUGAUUCACAGCGAUGACCCUGAAACAAAGGCAGCUGCUGAAGAAUUCAUCUGGUACAUUUUCCCAAUAACCAAUCCUGAUGGAUUCCAGUUUUCUCAAGACUCUGAUAGAUUUUGGGUGAAGAACAGAAGGCCCACAAGUACUACCACUGCCGGUAUUGACCUAUCUAAGAACUGGAAUUCACAAUGGGCAGUAAGCGGUGGAAGUUUCAACCCCAUAGCUCAGAACUACAUAGGUCUCGGUCCUUUCUCUGAACCUGAGACGAGGUUCCUUUCAAACUACAUCCAAACCAUUGGACAUUCCCUCACUGGAUUCUUCUCCUUCCGAUCUUUUGGGCAGAAGUUACUCCUUCCUUUCGCUCAUUCAAGUGAUCCGAUGUACAAUUACAAUGAGAUGAUUAUCAUUGGAAGAAGAGCUAUGGGUUCUUUAGCUGUUCGUUACGGUACCCAAUAUCAUGUUGAUACCUCCAAAAAUAUUCACGAUGGUGCCACAGGCUCAAUCGUCGACUGGGUUAAGUACCGGUUCAAUCCUACGCUGGCUGCAACCUAUCUUCUCAGGGACACUGGAAACUUUGGGUACACUCUGCCACCCACCCAAAUCAUACCCUCAGGUGAAGAAACCCUGGACUCUCUCCUGGCCAUCAUCAGAGAAGCAAAGUUUAUUAAUGUUCUUCCUUCAUCUUCUAAGACUAAUAGACUCCCAAAAAUGGCGUUAAAAAUAUUUUAUUUAAUAUCCAUUAUAUUUGUAGUGGUGUCUAGUGAACCAUUUAGGUUCGAUAAUUACACUCUCUACAAGGUCUUGCCUAAAAAUCUAAAAGAUGUCGAAUAUCUCCAAGAACUGCAGAAUGCUGCUCCUGAAUUUGAUUUCUGGGAUGACCCUGUGCCGACUGCUGAUUAUGUGAAUAUUGUUUCUAAACCUGAACUGAAGAAAGAUCUGGAAAGCUUUUUGGCUUCUAACAAAAUUGAUUUUGUGAUCACACAAGAAAAUAUUCAAGAACUAAUCGACAAUGAGAAGAAGAAGACUUACACAAGGAGCAACAUCAGGACCAUGGAAUUUGACACCUACUACACUUUAGAAGACAUCUACGCUUGGCUGGAAGACUUAGCGGCCAGAUUCCCUGAAACCAUCUCCAUAAUCAUUGGUGGAACUACAUACGAAGGUCGUGAGAUUAAGGGUAUCAAGAUCUCCCAUGGUCCUGGUAGAAGAGCAGUUUUCAUUGAAAGUGGAAUUCACGCUAGGGAAUGGAUAGCACCAGCUACAACCAAUUUUAUUAUCAACGAGCUUGUGUUCAGUGAUGAUGAGGAGACAAAGGCAGCUGCUCGUGAUUUUGAUUGGUACAUCUUCCCUGUAACCAAUCCUGAUGGAUAUAUUUGGAGUCAUGUUGGUUUCCGACUAUGGCGCAAAAACCGACGUCCUUUUGGAAAGGAAUUCGGCGUUGAUCUCAACAGGAAUUGGAACGACAAUUGGCUAAAGGAAAGCGCUAACUUGGAUCCAAGUACCAACACCUAUGCCGGUCCAGGUCCGUUCUCAGAAAUCGAAGCCAGGUCAUUAUCUGCCUACAUCACAGACAUGGCCGAUAAGAUUGACCUCUACCUGUCUUUUCACUCCUCUGGUCAAAUUCUUCUCCUUCCAUUUGGAAAUACUACAGAACCUUUGGCUAACUAUUAUGAUGCUAUGAAAAUCGGAAGAAGAGCUAUGGGAGCACUAGCAUUCAGAUAUGGUACUCCUUACACUAUUGGCAAUAUCGCUGAAGCUAUUUACUUCGCCACAGGAACGAGUGUUGACUGGGUUAAGGAACGUCUAAAAAUCCCUCUAGCUUACUGCUAUGAACUUCGCGACCGAGGACAGUUUGGCCAUCUCCUUCCACCAGACCAGAUCUUGCCAACGGCUGAAGAAACCAUGGAUUCUGUUAUAGAAAUAUUGUUCCAAGCUAAACGAUAUGGGUAUAUGCGGGGACCAGAAGACAUUAGUCUAAAUCGGUCGUCAUUGCACAUUGCGACCAUUGCAGAUCAAAAUUUAGUAUCAAAAAGAAAAAUGUGGUUUAUAAUACUCAGUUUAGUUUUAACAGUACCAAAUGCUUUGAGUGAAUUCCGUUUCGACAAUUAUACUCUUUACAAAAUCGUAUUAAAAGAUGUGGAACAAGUUAAUUUUCUUAAAAAUUUACAAGAUAGUGACGCAAGGUUCGAUUUUUGGAACGAUCCAAUCGCUCCAUCUAGUUAUGUGAACGUUCUGACUAGUCCCAAAGACAGAAAUGAUUUCGAGAAUAUUUUGAAGACUAAAGACAUGGAUUUUGAAAUCAGUAGAAACAAUAUUCAAGAAGCAAUAGACAAAGAAGUAAUAAAGACAUACACAAGAGGCAAUAUAAAGAAUAUGAUAUGGGAUGCUUACUACAAUUUGGCUUCUAUCAACGCGUGGAUUGAUGAUUUAGCAAAACAUUUUCCUAAUAUAGUAACUGUUAUUGAGGGUGGAACUUCAUACGAAAACCGAACCAUCAAAGGUCUGAAAAUAUCUCACGGUGAAGGCAGAAGAGCGAUCUUUUUGGAAGGUGGAAUUCACUCUAGGGAAUGGAUAUCACCAGCUACAGUUACCUAUAUUACUAAUGAGCUGCUAACCCAAGAUGAUGAAGAGAUAAAAGCUGCUGCACAGGGUUUUGACUGGUACAUCUUCCCAGUUACGAAUCCUGAUGGCUAUGUUUGGAGUUUUGAAAACUUCAGAAUGUGGCGCAAGAAUAGACGUCCUGUUGGUGAACAUUUUGGUGUUGAUUUGAACAGAAAUUGGGAUAAUAACUGGAUGGUUGUAGGUGCUAGCUCAAAUCCUGCCCGCGAUGACUAUGCGGGUACAGCACCCUUCUCAGAGCCGGAGACAAAAUCUUUGUCUGAAUUCAUAGCGUCCAUCGGUGAUAAGAUUGACAUGUACCUGUCCUUCCACUCAUAUGGUCAGAUGCUGUUGAUACCCUUUGGAAAUACCACCACACCGCUAGCAAAUUAUCAUGAUGCUAGACAAAUUGGUGCGCGUGGCAUGGGAGCGUUAGCGGCUAGAUAUGGCAGCCUAUACAGGACAGGAAACAUUGCUGAAACGAUUUAUCACGCCACAGGAGGAAGCAUAGAUUGGGUUAAAGAAGAAUUGAAUGUCCCAUUGGUGUACUGCUAUGAACUGAGAGACACUGGAAAGGAUGGCUUCCUCCUUCCAGCUGAACAGAUCUUGCCCAAUAACUUAGAAGUCAUGGACUCCCUUCUAGAACUGAUUUUCCAAGCUAAGAGAUUUGGCUACCUGCAGAGUAGUGGAUGUGGCGUCAAUGCAUCUGUUGUAUUAAUAGUGACAGCGUUGCUGGCGAAAUUUUUGCAAUAUUGAUUUGUAUCGUAAUGUAGAUAUUAAAGUUAAGUUUUGUUGAGUUUUAAA